AUGUCUACCUCGACGCCUGCUCCUGCUUCUUCCCAGAUGCCACCUGUGCCGUCAACCACGGUCACAGUCACAGCCACCGGCCCUUCACAGGAACAACAGCAAGGCGACAAGCUUCAAACUCUCCUCCAGGGGCCCGAUGCGCAACAAUGGCAGGCGCGUUUCAGCGCAGCCAUUGCCGACGUCGGCGGGGUCAUCAACUCGAAGGCCCCUGAGAGCGCAGAACCCUUCACCGAGAAUCUGUUUGGCUGCUUCGGAGACGUGGGUCUCUGCCUACAGGGCUGCCUAAUCCCGUGUGUGGUGUUUGGAAAGACGCAUCAUCGCACGCGGAAGAAUUCCAACAUGGAGGGUUACCAGCCUGUCAACACCACAUGCCUUCUCCUCUGCGGGCUGGGCUGCAUCGGACUCUCUUGGAUCCCAAUGUCCAUGCAACGCGCCGACAUCCGCAGGAAGUAUGGACUCCAGGGCAGCUGCCUCAGCGACAUUGCCCUUGCGUGCUGCUGUGGCUGCUGUGCUAUAUUGCAGGAGGAGAGGGAGUCGGCUUCCCGCGAGCCGUUGGACGACACGCGGACCAUGGCCGUGGCGGGUGGCAAGACACAGUACAGCUCCGUGCCUGGCAUGAGCUACCCUGCGCCGCCUCAGUGA